AUGGUGAGAGCUUACUCUGACAUGAGAGAAGCCAAUUACAAAAAUUCUGACAAAUACUUCCAUGCCCGGGGGAACUAUGAUGCUGCACAAAGGGGCCCUGGGGGUGCCUGGGCUGCUAAAGUGAUCAGCGAUGCCAGAGAGAAUUCUCAGAGAGUCACAGACCUUUUUAAGUUUGGAGACAGCGGCCACGGAGUAGAGGACUCAAAGGCUGACCAGGCUGCCAAUGAAUGGGGCCGGAGUGGCAAAGACCCCAACCAUUUCCGUCCUCCUGGCCUGCCUGAGAAGUACUGAGCUUCCCCUUGGCUCUGCCCUUGGGAGAUGGGCUGUGAGACCCCUGAAGGCAGGAACAGUUGCUGAGUUAGAGUUACUGAAUUCUAUAUCCUUCCUACUCAAUACUUUAUAAAGAGCACAUAAAAAAUGUUUAAUAAAUGCUUGUGAAAUUCAA